GAAGGCAAUUUUCUUCAGCGCUAGUUCCCAGUCGGUGCCGCAGACUGCGAACCGGACUCCGCCACCGAGACUAAUUUCCCACUCCACGCAGCAAGGGUGAGACAGAGGAGAGGGGGAGGGGGAGGGAGAGAGAGGCGCACACAUAUCGUGAAGAUGAAGAAGGACAAGGCAGUGAUAGUGUCAAACCCUAGCAAUGCCGAAGAACCCUUCGAUGACAAAGAUGACUCUGUUUUGCCUUUCGUCAGAUUCAACACUCGCAACGCUUCAUCCAAAUAUGACUUCGUCAAAGUGAAAGUAUGGUUAGGUGAUAAUGCAGAUCACUACUACGUUCUGUCCAGGUUUCUUCUCAGCAGAAUGUUGACUGUCACAAAAAUUCCUAAUCAUGUAGCAGUUAAAAUAGCUCUUGAACUCAAAAAGCUUCUCAUAGACAACAGCCUUCUGGAUGUCUCACAAUCUGAUUUGGAAGCUAAUUUAUUUAAGCUUAUGGAGCGGCGUGGUUAUGGGGAAGAGUAUAUAAAUCGUUAUAAGAUGAUGACUAGAUUUCACCAUCAAAGGGUACCGUUAGUAAUCCUUGUUUGUGGAACCGCUUGUGUUGGAAAGUCUACUAUUGCCACCCAACUUGCACAGAGGCUAAAUUUGCCAAAUGUCUUACAGACAGAUAUGGUAUACGAAUUGCUCCGCACAUCAACAGAUGCACCAUUGGCAUCUGCUCCUGUAUGGGCACGAGACAUCAGCUCCUCUGAAGAACUAAUUAGCGAAUUUUGUAGAGAAUGCAGAAUUGUUCGUAAAGGUUUGGCCGGUGAUUUGAAGAAGGCAAUGAAAGAUGGGAAACCUAUUAUAAUUGAGGGAAUACAUUUGGAUCCAAGUAUUUAUUUAAUGGAUGAUGAUAAUAGAAUACCAACAAACCUGCCUUCAAAAACUGAAGAGCCAAAUUCAGUUUCUGUGGCAAGGGAUGAUAGUACCACAGCACACAAGGAAAAUGAUUCAAGUGUUUGUGGAAAUCAUAGUGCGAACAGUAAUUGUUCUCCUGGGAAUGUAAGCACAGAAGAAGGGAUAUAUGCUGACCAAGUUAAUAAAGUUUCUGAUUGUCUGGAUUCUAUUCAUAUUACAGGAAGUUUUUCUGAGAAUAAAGGUGAAAUUCCUAAAGAUCUGAAGACUGAAAGAAAUGUUCCUGUUAAGAAAGAGAAAUCUGGAGGUGAACCAAUAAUUGUACCUAUAGUUUUGAAGAUGGCUGAAUUUGAUCACAAGGCAUUGCUAGAGGAAUGGAUUUCUACCCGUACAUUCAGUAACAAGUGCCCACUCCAGGACAAGGACAAGCUGAUAAGCAACUUAAAAACCAUUCAGGAUUAUCUUUGCUCAUUCAAGUCGCAGGGUUUAUCAGUUGUCAAUAUAUCUGCAACAACAUUUCCACAAACACUGGAUUGGCUGCACAGCUAUCUUCUUCAGUGUAUUGAGCAAGGUACAUCAUCUGCAUCCAAUGACAUUGGUAGACAGCCAGCUGAAAGUUAGAUUUUGUGCAGAUGUUAACCCAGACUAUUACGGAACUGGAUUGAGCAUAUUGUUGCGCAACCGAAAGCCACUGCAUGGGGACAAUCUGCCAAUGAUUAACUGCCAGAAAGCAAAUGAGCAGAGUUUUGUUAGGAUGAUGCUUCAACGUCCCUUAUUAUGACCCCUGCCAAGGGUUGUGUUCAUUAAUUAAGCGCUCUUUUCCAAUGGCAAAAUCUGACCUUUUCGAAUGAUCAAAAGCUUUUUCCAAUGGACAGAGCAAGUCACAGAACUUCAAUAAAUAGGCAGAUCCCUGGAAUAAUGGUCAAACGUGUCUAUUCAGGCAAACAUUAUUGUAUUGCACUCGGAAAUUUUCUCUGGUCUGUAAGAGGUUUUCUGGUCUGAGAACCCAAUUAAUAUAUUCAAUGUACCUGAGAUGAUGUUGCUGCUCUUGGAAUAAUGUGAUGGUGCACGAGCCAUACUAUAUAUAAUAUAUCUUUCAUGUAAAGUUUUAUCCA